UCUGACUUGUCCCACAAAUCGUAGUUUAGACCCAUUGACGCGGUCUAAUUUGAUGUGGGACACCCUGUACUUAAAAUCUUCUACGUGCCAUUUUUGCUGAACUGAAGUUCUUCUUAUUUGAUCUAUUCUGUUCAACAUUUCAGAAAAGAUGGCUGAGAAUCCUGAGAACUCACUAAAAGAAUUAGACCCGGGUCCGAGUGAGGAGUUUAAACUACCCAAGGAAGAAAUAUUUGAACCCCUUGAUGAAGAGAAUGGUCCAGUCUAUAAGGAAGAAGAACACACAAUGGAGAAAUUAGAAAUUAAAGAUGAAAUUAAGUUUUCUGAAGAGAAUCCUUCUAAAUCUCAUGGACAGAGAACUAAAGAGAGGAAACAAAUAUUCACUUGUCAUAGAUGUGAAUAUUCUGCCAGCGCUAAGGGGACUUUGAAAACUCACAUUUUGGUUAAACAUGAAGGAGUUAGAUAUCCCUGUAAUCUAUGUGAAUAUUCAGCAACCACUACAACAAGUUUAAAAAGACAUGUUGAGAGCAAACACGAAAGAGUUAGAUAUUACUGUGAUCUCUGUGAAUAUAGUGCUUCCUCGAAAAUCAGUAUAAAAACUCAUUAUAGCAGUACACACGAAGGAGUAAAAUUUCCAUGUGACCAUUGUGAAUAUAGCGCUGACACAGCAAGACUGCUAUUAUUACACAUUGAGAGACUACAUAAGGGAAUAACAUAUGAAUGUGAACAAUGUGAGUAUACUACGACACAUGAUAGUAAUUUAAAGAGACAUAUCGAGAGUAAACAUGAAGAUGUGAGAUACUACUGCGAUAAAUGUGAUUACUCGGCUUCCCAAACCAGAAGUCUCAAAUCGCAUAUUGAAAGUAUUCACAAUGGAGUGAGGCAUCCAUGUGAUAAAUGUGAAUUUUCUGCAGCUAGUGGAAGAGCCCUGAAAAUACAUAUAGAAAGUAAGCAUGAAGGCUUGACAUAUCCAUGUAAUAAGUGUGAUUUUUUUGCUCUAACGGCAGUAAAUCUGAGAGCACACACUAGGAGUAAACAUGAAGGUGUGAGAUUUUCAUGCAAUCAUUGUAGCUAUAUUGGAGAUGCACAAGGCCAACUAAGAUUGCACAUUGAGAGUAAACAUGAGGGUGUCACUUAUCCUUGUGAUAUGUGUGAGAUUAUUGCCAGUAGCUCGGGCAGUUUAAAAAGGCAUAAAAUGACCAAGCAUGAAGGUUUGAGAUAUCCCUGUAAGAGAUGUGACUUCACUACAACUACUGUCAGAAAUCUAAAGAUUCACGUUGAGAGUAAACAUGAAGGAGUGAGGUAUCCAUGUGAUAAGUGUGAUUUUGUUGCAGCUACACCCUUGAGACUAAAAAAACAUAAGCGGUCGAAACACGACGGAAUAUUGUAUCUUUGUGAUAAAUGUGAUCAUGCUGCUGCUACAUCCAGUGGUUUAAAAACACACAUUGAGAGAAAACACGGAGAGUUAAAACAUUCUUGUAAAGAGUGCAAUUAUACUGCUACAAAUGAAGGUUACUUAAAACUUCACGUGAUGCGUAAACACGGAGGAAAAAAAUAUUCCUGUGAAGAAUGUGACUAUGCUGCAACUACUGAAGUGACUCUACAGAGACACAUUAAGCGCGAACACAAGGGUGUAAGGUACUUUUGUGAUAAAUGUGUUUAUUCAGGAACUAGAAGUGAUUAUCUCAACAAUCAUAAGAAGAAAAAACAUGGAUGGAGUGAGAUAAUUUCACAAUGAUAAAUACUAACUGAAGAUUUGUAAACGGAAAGAGAUUUUAUAAAUGUUAUCAUCAAUUGUUCAAGUUUGUUAAUAACGUUUAUAAACGAAAAACAUAGAAUUAAGUAAAAAUCAUAUUUUUAUUAUAUAUUAAUAUGAUAUAUUAUGAAUAAAGCGCUUAAAUACCUUUAAACCCUAUUCUUAGCAUAGCUAGGAGGGGGGCAUUUGACUUUUCAAUAAAGAUAUACCCCUGUC